AUGAAAGAUCCCAACACCAAGACCGUUACUGUCGGAGACAUUGCUCCAACCGCAACUAAUGACGGUGAUCUGCAUAAAGGCGACGUUCUCGCCAUUGAAGAGACGCGGGGCAUUACAAUCAAAGAGCAUGAACUCUCAUUCUGGGCCGCUGUCCGGCAAUGGCCCAAGGCCGUGGGAUGGGCUUUUUUAUUCUGCGUUGCUGUUAUUAUGGCCGGAUUUGAUGCGCAAAUAAUCACCACUUUUUUUGCAUUGCCCGCCUUUCAGCGGAAGUUUGGAUACGAGUAUAAUGGCUCUUAUAUCAUCUCAGCGCCGUGGCAAAUGGGUCUAAAUAUGGGCAAUCCCAUCGGUCAAGCCCUCGGGGCCUUGGCCUGCGGCUGGCCGCUAGAAAAGCUAGGUCGGCGGUUGACACUGGCCAUAUGCUGUGUAUGGUCAAUUGCGUUUGUGUUUGUGCAAUUCUUUGCGACUAGCAUCGGAAUGCUGUGUGCUGGAGAGAUCCUUGGGGGUCUCGCAUACGGUUUCUAUGUCGUUAUUGCUCCCACUUAUGCCUCCGAGAUCUGUCCUCUUGCUCUCCGGGGUGUUCUUACCGCAUCGGUCAAUCUGGCCUUUGUGAUCGGACAAUUCAUAGCACAAGGAGUCGCUGCUGGUCUCGAGAGUCGGCUGGACGAAUGGGCGUACAAAGCACCUUUUGCAAUCCAAUGGUUAUGGCCUGUAGUGCUCCUUAUUGGCUUGGUGUUUGCCCCCGAAAGUCCAUAUUGGCUAGUUCGCAAAGAGAGGCGCGAUGAUGCGCGUAAAGCUCUUAUGAGACUCUCAUCAGCAAAAAACCGCCCAGAUAUCGAUGGAAUGCUUGUCAUGAUCGAGCAGACUGACCUCCUUGAGCGAGAACUUGAGUCUACCACGACUUACUGGGAUUGCUUUAAGAAGGCAAAUCUCAUCCGCACCGAGAUCUCCGUCAUGGUGUAUCUGAUACAAGUUAUUGGUGGUAACCCCCUUAUCGCAUAUUCAACCUUUUUCUUCGAGACGGCCGGACUGAGUGACUCCGAAUCGUUUAACAUGGGUGUUGGUAAUACUGCACUCGGAUUUGUGGGUACAUGUCUAUCGUGGCCAUUGAUGCUCUACUUUGGUCGCCGCUCAAUUUAUAAUAGCGGCAUGAUCCUAAUGACAAUCAUUCUCUUUGUUAUCGGCUUUUUAGACUUUGGCCGCAGCAAUUCCGGCGCGGUCUGGGCUCAAGCAUCCUUGAUGGAUAUCUGGACCUUCAUCUACCAAACUACUGUAGGACCAGUCUGUUUCGUGAUUAUUUCGGAAAUCUCGGCAACUCGUCUGCGUGGUCGCACCAUCGCUAUAGCUACAGCGGUUCAAGCCGUUGCCAAUAUCGUCUUCACCGUUGUGCUGCCCUACAUGCUCAACACUGAUGAAGGCGAUUGGCGUGGAAAAACGGGAUUUCUUUUUGGUGCGAUUAGUCUUGGUUGCUAUGUCUGGUGCUUUUUCAGAUUGCCCGAGUCGAAGGGCAGAACUUUUGAAGAGCUAGAUAUAUUGUUUGAGAGAAAGGUUCCACCACGACAGUUUAAGAACCAUAAUUUGGUGGCAGGCGAGAGCGAGAAUGAAGUUUAG